CAAACCACUCUGCUGGCCACAGAGCAAGAGAUCAGCGGAGAGAGGGAGAUAGAGGGAGGGAGGAGAGUGAACACAUGCAGCGCAGCAGAGGAGAGGAGCAUCUGAGAGGAAGCUGCACGCUUGCUCUGACAGAAAGAGAGGGAGGAGAAGACUGAGUACUUCUUCUCCACACUAACAAGGAGGCAGAGAGCAAAAAGAGGGGCAGAGACAGAGGAGAUGCUGAGAUAGUAACAGGAGGGGGAAAAAGUAUCCCUCCCAGCCACUUACAGAGAUACAGAGAUACAGAGACAAAGAGGGAGGGAAAACAAAAGGGGCUAGAGAGAUUGUGGAGUGAGGAGAACGGACGGGAGAUAGUUAAAGGAACUGCAAGACUGAUCAAUAAGCGGCUGAGAUUUCGGGAAGAAAUUUAGACUCAGCGAGAAAAAGAGAGCGAGCGAGAGAGCGAGAGAGGGAGUCAAUGACAGGGAAAGAUUGAUUAAUGAAAGAUUUGAGCAAAACAUCUGGAGAAGGAGACUUAAAGAGAAAUAUUUAAGAGGAGACAGGGGCAUCUAGCGGAAGGCAAAUUUAGAAAAGAAAGGGAGAAGAAUUAAAAAAACAUUUAGAGAAGGACAGGAGGAUAAGAGUGGAAAGAAAGGGGGAGCAGAGGGUGAAAUAUUUAAGAAGAGACAGAAGCCGAGGGGAAAUGAGCAGGAGAACGCAGAGUUAAAGAGUCACUGGCAAAAACUUAGAGAAGAGAGAGAAUAAAUCAGAGCAGCAGAGGCAAGGGAAACUGCGCUCAUCCUUUCUUUUUUUUAAUUUCCUCUGUCCCUCCUCUUCUUGAUAAAACCUAGGAGGGGAGAUGAAGUGAGGAGAGAGUUGAGUAGUACAACAUCAGAAGAAGGAGAGGAAGCAGUUUUCAAGGGUUUUUUGGCAAAGUCCAGAUAGAUCAAGAGAGUUCUAGAUAGAUAUUUAACUGCAUGAAAGAGAAGUAUAUCCAAUGGCGUGCUACUACAUUGUGAUCAGUUCCACCCACCUGCGUGACGGACAGCUGAGGAGCAUCAAGGGGGUGUUCAGAGGACCAAUAGGAACCAAUGGCCAAAGAAACACGGAGGAGGGGGACUCGAGGUUUUACUGUGAGCUCUGCGAUAAGCAGUAUCUGAGACACCAACAGUUUGACAACCACAUCAACUCCUACGACCAUCACCACAAGCAGCGACUGAAGGAGCUGAAACAGAGGGAGUUUUACAGAGCACUGGCCUGCAGGAGGCAGAGGAGGCGCAGGGAGGAGAAGAGAGAGGAGAGAGUGCUGAGGAGACUCAAUCAGCAUGAAGACAGGAGGACGGGAGAGUGUGCUCCCGGUUCUGGCCCCAUGUUCCGGUCCACCACCGUGGCUGUCGACUCAGCCGAUCAGUCCAGACCAGAGAUUGUGCAGAACGGCAGCAAUAUCCAUCCAAGCAGCACCACACUGGGAACAAAGUCUCAGAUCCCCCGGAUACAGCCCUUACUUCCUCUGGACCCUGCUCUGGAAACCGCACUCCUGAGCAACACGCGGUGGACCUAUGAGCAAACAGACGCCAACAGCACCACAACUACUGCCGCUUCGGACUCCUGCGUGCUUGACAAGACCCAUCUGGAUUACAGUCAACCGCCAACCAUUACACCCAGCAUCAGCACCACCCUGACAAACAGUGAUACCAACAGCUCUACAGAAAACAGCCACUUUAACAAGAUCCCUUGGGCUCAUGAUUAUUUAAGCCAUCCCAUUACUCCCAAUAACAUCCCAACAACAGCCUCUGGCGCCACCCAUAAUGGCUCCAUUUUCAACAAAACCACAGUGACCAGCAUCAGCAAGAACUCCACCACCCCCUCCAUUACUAAUACCACCAAUGUCAGCGUCAGCAGCAGCAGGGAAGUAUGCAGAGCCUCUGACGUCCAGUCCGUCCUGAGCAGAGUCCGCCCUGUCUCUUUCUCGCUCCCCAAAAGGAGCUGUGUCCUCUUACACCAAUCAGCUGCCGUAUUUAUCCAAGCAGGGCAGGGCUCUGGCUUGUCAGGGAAGCAAGAAGGUGCGGCAGUGCAUGACAGGAAAACAAAUCUGGGGGAGAAAGUCACCGAUCAGCAGCUCAAAUCAUCCGCAGACAUGGUUGCUGUUGGUGUAAAUCACUGGAAUACUGGAAACCAGUGCAGUGAGGAGAGUAAAGCUGAAACUCGACCCGUUGAGGCUGGAGCCAUUAUGUCUACUGAGAAAAGAACUGUGGGACUCUCUGGGACUGGAGCCCAGGUUUCUUUAUGUAAUCGCAAUGUGAUCAGAGUAGAGGACUCAAUUAUCAAUGGGAAUGGAGCCCAGCUCUCCUUAUGUAAGGACGAUGGGACUGGAGCCCAAGUCAGCAGUGAAAGUGGGACUAGAGCUCAUUUUUAUUUAAACAGUGGCAUUUCAGGACAUAUUUCUGAAAGUGUAAGCACAGAUUCAGAAUGCGGAAGCAGCAAAGUUGAAAUCCACGAUGCUGUGGAAAAUCAGACAGAUUCAACCCAACCCCAAGAAGUAAAAGAUCUGGCUUGUCCUACAACAAAUGAGCCUAAAAAAUCAAUUUCAUGUGUUGAAACCACGUCAGCUCAAGCACAGCCCAAUCAAACUCCUCUCCCCAAUCCCCAAACUCCCCAGUCAAACUCCGCUCCAUCAAAAGAGUCGGCUUCUUUGCCUCCAAGUCGUCCCAAAGAGCCGUUUUGUCGUGUCCUGAGCCGAGAUGGUAGCAGGGUUCUUCUGUGGCCAACGGAGAUGGUCAGCUACACCAAAACUUCGCCCUCCAUUUCCUACAGUGUCAAUCCUCUACUUUAUGACUUCAGAGCGCAUAACAGGGCCAAGGAAGGGGGUGAAAAAAAGAAAGGAGGGCUGGAGGAAGGGAGUGAGAGAAUAAAGCCAUCUGUGAUCAAACAACCUGACUGCCAACAGAGGCAGAAGGAUAUGAAGGGAGGAAAGGAGGUGAAGAUAGAUGAAAGGGACGAAGAGGAUGAAGGAGGACAGGCAGGAAAUCCUAUGGAACUUGUAGCCCAUUGUAGCGGUAGCGACGCAGUUCCGGAUCGCUCCAGCUGCCCUGAUGAAAGCGCUUUAAAAUUUGUUCCGAUUUCUGCAGAAGGACACCAUGCUCCAACGCUAGGCCUUCAAAAAUCCGGGAGGAGGAGGAGGAAGAGGAGGGGUGGGGUAAGGAGAGGAAUGAGAAAGAGGGGGAGAAAGAAAAGAGGAGAGGAAACAGACAGAAAAGAGUCAGAAAGGGGAAGAAGGAUAAUAAGCAGUCUUUGUGUGAAUCAGAUGUUUGAAGGAAAAGGAGAAGACAGGCUGCAACGAGAGGGCACCGUAAAAGAGGAGAAGAGAGAAAAGGAGCUAUUAAGUAAUCUUGCAGCACAUCGGCUGGUGGGAGGGAUAAAAAAGAGGAUGAGGGGAGAAGAGAGAAGGAUAAGACGAGAUCAGACGGAGCAAGAGAGGGCAGGUAGAAAUGACGAGAAGAGAGGGGAGCUAUUAAGUAAUCUUCCUGUGAAUCGGUGUAAUCGGUGUAACCAGCUGUGUCUGCAGGUGAAAAGGGAGGCCAGCCAGCAUCAAUCUCAGCAAUCAGCCUCCGGGUGGGGCCAGGGGCUCAGAAAGCUCCUCUGCAGGGAUGCAGCAUGUAACUCAGUGAUUAGCCUCGUCCCUGGGUCUGUUAUAGAGAUGCCAUGCUGUCCUGCAAUUACACCCGACCCUGCUCAGAAUGACAGAGAGACGGGGGUGAUACACAAAAAUACACAAGCAGGGAAAGAGGACGGGCAGGGAGAUGAGGAGCAAAGGAAUCUGAGUAAGGGAGAGAUAAGCGCUGCUCCGAAAGCUGAAGAAAACGCAUGUAACCCAGCGAUUAGCUGUCUUCCUUUUCCCUGUUGUGACACUGCGAGCCAGGCAGAAAUUUGUCUUGUUCCUAAACCUCACAGAGAAACAGCAUGCAAACCAACGAUUAGCCUUGUCCCUGCUCCUUUUAGAGAAACAGCGUGCGGUCAAAGACAAACAAUACCUGCAGGACACAGCAAUCUUGUGUCAAGCCCGACCACAUGCUGCUCUGCAAACCAGACAGAAACAGAGCCCAGAUUGAGGCCGGCCUGUGUAGACAUGACCCUCCCUGCCGAUGCGCUUUCAGAGGAAGUGAUGUCGAAGAGAGCAGCAACAGCCAGCAAGAGGAAGAGCGGAUCGCCGGAGGCCGGGGCAACACCGAGGAAGAAACGGAAAAGGGGAAGGAGACAGGCGAGGAGACUCGCUAGCGUUUUAAGGCAAGACGGAGCUUGCGCCGAUAUGACUUCGGAUUUAAACGAGGGCGACGCCUGUUGCGUUCAGGAUGGUAACGAGGCGCUUGGACUCAAUAGCAAGGACACCUGCAACACUUUAGAGGACAAAACGGUCGACUGCCAUUUGCUCUGCAGGACAAAACACUCUCUGUGUUCAAAUACCAGGGAGGGUAACACCGCUGACAAACUCGAUAACUACUGCAGCUCUGAUGACAGCAAAUUCAGCAAUGCAGACGCUAAUGACUACAGCCAGUUUAACGUCGGUCCCUCUGGAGGCCUGGAAAAGGUGAAGUGUUCACCGGAGAAACCUUUUAGUGACUGUCAUACCAAUAACAAACCCAAUGACAACAGUCAGGAUGAUGAAAAGGGCACCGUGCAAAAUAAGCGUGACAGUUCUGCCAUCUCUAGCGCUACUUUUGAGAAAGACAAAAGUCUCCGUCAUGGUCACGUGGCUAAAAAAGCCAGUGAGAAAACUGCAGACACACCUGUGGAUGGCCUUUCUGAAGAUUCUUUUGCCUGUAGCACUAAUAACAGACACACUGACCACUGUCAAUGUAAAAACACGGUGAAUGAAAUAGAGUCUAACGACUCCAAAGCCAAUGACGCAUUUAGUCAUAACUGCGAUUACAGCCACAAAAAUAACAAAAGUGACCACGGCGAGGAGGAGAAAGCCAAAUCUCAGUGCCACAUUCGACACAAAAACAGCCUCUCUGAUUCAGCGAUUGAUUACAAAAGCUGCGCCGGGAUCCAGCAAAGCGUUGGAGGCGGCGCCGACGAUAUUGACGGUGGUCAGUGUGACGAUUUUAUCGGUAGUCAUGUCACUGAUUGUAAUCACUGUGCUAAUGCUGCGAAUGAAGAUGUUGCACCCGUGAGGGAGCAGAUGGAGGAUGAAAGAGGUGUGGAGAAGGAGAGAAAGAAGGAGGAGGAGAAACAGAUGGAGAGGAAAAAGUUGAAGGAGAGGCACGAAGAGUGGGAGAAGGAAUGGGUGAGGAGGAAGGAGAAGGAAAGGGAGGAAAGAAGUAAGGAGAGGGAGAUAGAUUUUGAACCUCUCUUCUCAGAGAAGAUGCCCCGCUUUCCUCAUCGCCUCCCUCCAUCGUGCGUCCACCUCCAUCCUCCUCUCCUCCUCCAGCCAUCCUUUUCAUCAUCCUCCUCUUCCUCUAUCUCCUUCCAUCACACCAUCAUCCAACAUCACCUUUCCCUCCUCCCACCCGCACCACACCUCCCCGUUCCUUCCUACCCUCAUCUUAUUCCCUCUUUCUCCCCACAUUUAUCGCCCAUCCCUCCACCACCACCUCCACCACCACUACCUCCUCCUCCCGCUCUUACUCCCACUUUCUAUGCAUCUUCUCCCAUCCCUCUCCUGGACGCCCCUGGUCCAUAUCCCUUAGCAGCAGCAUUUCACCCUGUGCAGAGCCACCACCCAUCUCUGUACCCCACUCCACACCCAGCAGUUUUGCCCUUGCAGUUAUUGUUCUGAAAAAGAGGGGGAAAAAUGAAUUAAUUAAUUAAUUUUUCAUACAAAAAAUUACUUGUCAGGUGGGUGCAAACAGCUUUGGGUGUCAUCGCUUGCAUACUUUUACUGUAGCUGAAAUGUGAGGAAUUUCAGGAACACUUGAGUAAAAACACAAAACUGAUCUUUCUUAAAGCCAAAUCCUUUGAAGAACCUCAUCACCCCGUCCAAACACUCAAGCACUGAUUCACACAUCUGAAAAACAAUAAAGAUGGCUAAUUAUCUUCAUCAACUCCAAUCCCACUUGAAAUGAGCCUCAGGUGUGCAGCCAGCGGGAUCGUGGUAGGGAUACACAGCUGGGCUCGUUUCCCUCCGCAGAAAUCAGUCAGAGCUGCUGUUUUGCAUUUUAAGCUGGCGAUUUGCUCGUGAGGCACGUUAGAAAAUUUCGUGACUUUAAAGGAUGAAUUCACCCUCGCAUGCUCAGAUUUCUUCAGUCUGUCAUCGUAGAUGUGCGGGAAUUUUUCUUUCAUUUUAAUUUGUAUGAUUACAUUCAAGAUCUGCACAGGACAACAGGAAGUUGUUUUUCCCAGAAUGGGUUCAAAAGAAACCCAAUCUUAGUGUUUCUAAAAACAUUAAACACACUAUUUUUUGCUACUUUGCUGUUUUGCAUAAUUAGAAAGCUUCAUCAUUUAACAAAUACAAAAAGGGUAUUUUCUGGUUAGAUUUCACAAACAAAAUAUGAGUCUGUUGCCACAUUCACUUAGUUUAAACCUAUAUGUUUUUAUUCUUAAACUAUACUGGAGUAGCUCUGUUUGAUUCACUGUUCAAAGGACCCUGUUUAGUCCUGUAUAAGCAGCCCCCAUUUAACAGACAGGAAAAACACGUCCACACCAUAAUGAAACAAACUUGAAAAAUCAUAGAUAUUCUACACAGAAUCUCAGAUAUUUCUACAGAACUAAUGGCAGCAAAUCCUCUUUAACUUGGAGCUAAAUAAAGCGCAAAAUUAAAGGAGAACUCCACAAAUUCUACACAUCAAAGACUGUUUACAGGUCUUGGGGAGUUGCCCUUGAGUCAACCGGCUGGGACUAAAGUUUGAAACUGAAUAAAAUGUGGGGGUGUGGAGUUUGGAAAGAACUGAGCUUAGCAGCAGGCACAUGUAGCCCAUUCCUCAUCGCUGCCUAAAGCUGUAGGCUUGGAGCUAAAGGAUCCGAUGCUAGCAUAACAUACCCAGACCUUGAAGUGCACCAUCUGCAGUCACUCGGCACUGUGGGUAAUGUAGGAAUCAGAGUAAGACAAGGAAGAAAAUGUAUGGAAUUAAAAAAGAUGAUAUCUCUUUAGUCUGCUUUAACAGUAAAUUUGCCCAUUGUGGGUCCAGCAGAGUUAAUAUAUGCUAAAAUGGUAGAAUACUACAAGACUGGCAUAGUAAUAGACAGAUAAUAUGUUCAGGGCGUGAAAGCAUAAGUAGGCCGAGAUAAUGUGAACACUAUCUAGUCAGAAUAACAGGAAAUUUUCAGGGUCCAACAUGAUGUGAAUGCAGCAUGAGCCAAAAAAAGGUCUCUUAAGAGACUCUGUGUAACAAGAUUGUCUUUUUUUCUCCUAUCUUUCAAAAUUAUGUUUUCAUUUUACUGUCCAGUACAGCAAUAAAACAGAUGAAUAAUGAUUUUCAGGAAGUGCGAAGAGAAAAAAAAAGCCCUUCUUUGAGAGAGGUUUUAAAAGUGCCAAUUUAGGCAGCCAGCGCAUGACGCAGCAAACACAUCUGCGUUUGCUCAAGGAUGAGCAGAUUUCCUGAUGGUAAUUCUAAGCUAAUUUGUUAUUACCUAGAAUUGACUUGUUGUUACAUAAUGUCACCGAGGACUGCCAUUGGCCUGUGGGUCACCCUUUGAAAACCUUGGCUCAAUGCGAUUUUAAAGCAGCAGAGAAAGAUGCUGGUUUCCCUGUAUUUAGAGAUGAGUGUUAGGGAUAACUGCAGGCCGUAGAGCAGUCUCUAUGUGCACCAAUCAAAGCUUAACAACAGGUAUCUCGGAACCAAGCAUCAGACAAGUUUGACCCAGUCGUGUGGGAAAG